AUGGGAAGCAGGCUGGAGAAAGGGUCGCAAGCCGUCCGAAAGAGGAUCGAGGCACAUUCCUUUGAGAAUGAAGAGGGCGAUGAGUACGAGGGUUCGAAGUUUGGAGGGUUCUCCGACUACUUUCGCCGCAAGAAGAUCAAGUUGCAAAAUCUCGAUGCCGAAGUUCGCUCGCAGUCUGCUGGCAAGCCAGCCAUCUUCCGGGGGGUCGUGGCCCAUGUGAACGGCUACACGCAACCAUCCUUGAAUGAUCUCCAUCAUCUCAUCGUGAGCUAUGGGGGCGGAUUUAUGCAGUAUUUGGAUGGGAAGACCACAGUCACUCAUAUCAUUGCGGCAAAUCUCACACCCAAAAAAGCCAUCGAGUUUCGACGAUACCGAAUCGUGAAGCCUGCGUGGAUCGUUGAUAGCGCAGCAGCUCAGAAACUGCUGCCGUGGGAUGCCUAUCGGGUCAUUGAUGAGGGCUCAGGACAAAGGCUGCUGGGGUUUGAUGAAGGUAAAAUAGUGAGCCAACCCAAUACGCAACAAGGAGGCUACAGAGACCAGACGAACACCAGCUGGUACACCAGCCAGGUCAAGAAUGUUGCAGAAGAUAUCGACAACGAAGAUGGAGCUCAAUUUCCGAGCACGCAGGCUGUGUCUUUGAAUGGGGUUGGCACGUACAUGGCAGGUCCUUCCAAAGAGCAGGCCCAAGUGCCAGCGCCGAAGGGAGAAGACAUUGGUUACCAGAACCCUGCUUCUUCUGGAAGUUUUGAGGUUACGUCUUCAUUAGAAGAUGCUCUCAAUAGCGCCGAUAUGAAGGGGAAUCCUGGUCAGGCAACAUUAUCAAAGGAAUGCCACCCUACUUCAGCAUUUUCACCUGGACCUGAGGCGCAAUCUGCUGCGGCUCCCACGGUAGAGGAGGCUGAAAUCCCCGAAGCCACUCCAGGUUCGCGAGAGAUCACAAACAAUCUAACUGAUCAGCCUUUUCCCAAUCUCGGGAAAUGGCCCCCCGACCUUGACGGCAUCUCUCCUUCCAAGAAAGCCAAAGCCAUGACUGCAGAAGAGCACAAUGCUAUCUUAUUGGCAGACCCUCAUAUCCGGAAGUCAUCGACUGGAAACCCAGACUUCAUCAGGCAAUACUAUUCGGAAUCACGCCUGCACUACCUAUCUACCUGGAAAUCCGAGCUCAAAUCUCGAUUCCAACAAAUGGCUGCUGAGAAAACAGCUUCUCAGAGACAGCCUGCAAAACGGAAGCCUGGAGCGCGACGAUAUGUCAUGCAUGUGGAUUUCGAUUCAUUCUUCUGCGCUGUAUCUCUGCUCAGUGCACCAGAGUACAUUGACAAGCCGGCCGUGGUUGCUCAUGGUAGCGGUACUGGAUCCGAGAUUGCAAGUUGCAACUAUCCAGCCAGAUCUUUUGGGGUAAAGAAUGGCAUGUGGAUGAAGAAUGCUUUGAAGCUGUGCCCGAACAUCAAAGUGCUUCCUUACGACUUCCCAGCUUAUGAAGAGGCGAGCAAAGGCUUCUACGAGGCAAUUUUGGAUGUGGGAGGCGUCGUCCAAAGUGUGAGCAUUGACGAAGCACUCGUGGACAUCAGCAGCCUCUGCCUGCCUGCAGGUGGUACUGACGGUGUUGGUGUUCAUGAAGGCAGUACAUGGAAGGAGCAAGAAAAAGCGGAUCAUAUCGCACAAGAGCUUCGGGUGCGAAUCAAAGAGAAAACGAAAUGUGCGGUAUCCGUUGGUAUCGGAGGCAACAUCCUACUUGCCAAAGUUGCACUUCGAAAAGCCAAACCAGCUGGACAGCACCAGAUCAAGCCUGAAGAAGUCUUGGACUUCAUUGGCGAGCUCAGUGUUCAAGACUUACCUGGUGUCGCCUACAGUAUAGGAGGGAAACUCGAAGAAAUUGGUGUGAAGUUUGUGAAAGACAUCCGACACUUGACAAAAGAUCGGUUUAUGACGGUCCUCGGGCCCAAGACUGGUGAAAAGAUAUGGGACUACUCUCGAGGCAUCGAUCGUACCGAGGUUGGAGAGCAAGUUGUUCGGAAAUCAGUUUCAGCAGAGGUCAAUUGGGGCAUAAGAUUUAUCUCCCAACCGGAGGCUGAGGAGUUUGUCCAAAAUCUAUGUGUUGAGGUGCAGCGUCGUUUGAUCGAGCAGAGAGUGAAAGGCAGACAACUCACGAUGAAGAUUAUGAGGAAAUCUGCAGACGCUCCGCUUGACCCACCAAAACAUUUGGGCCAUGGCAAGUGUGACACAUUUAACAAAAGCAUCGUCCUUGGGGUUGCAACUAAUGACGCCAAAAUCAUUGGGAGAGAAGCCAUUUCGAUUCUCCGCAGCUAUGGCUUCUCCCCAGGAGAGCUUAGGGGUCUCGGUGUGCAGAUGACCAAACUCGAAUUAUUGAGGGCUUCCGGUGAUCCUCUGGCAGAUGGUAGCCAGAAACGUAUCAGCUUUAGUCUUUCGAACGCACCAAAGCGGGCGAAACAACUGACUGAAGAUCCGAUUGAUGAUCCGCAAACUCCUAAGAAAUGGAAGGCCACACCGAUGAGCGGAGACAAAUUCGGGAGCAAGACACCCGAGGAUCCAAUUGAUAAAUCUAUCGCUCAUCAAAAACCCAGGAGGCCCACUACCAAAUUGUUUGAUGGCUCUGAUCCCAUCGAUGAUAAGAAUAGUCCCCUGAGAGCAAAAGCUACACCUCUCCAUCCUGCGACUGCUAUCGCUAGAGCCAAUGCUUCUGAUCAAAGUGCAAGGAAGUUGCUCAAUCUUGCGGGUACUCAAUUUAUUUUGCCUACCCAGAUAGAUCAGAACGUACUAGUAGAGCUUCCACAAGACAUCAGGUCCAAGCUCUUGGCGCAAAGUAGAAGUAGGUCUACAUCGAGAGACCAAUCACCAGCAGUUCAGUCAAGGUCUCAAAGUCCUUGUCGAGAAGCAUCGAUGGCGUUACCUUCUCAGCUGGACCCGGAAGUUUUCGAAGCAUUGCCGGACGAUAUGAAAGCAGAAAUCCUAGAGUCUUACUCUUCAAACACUGGCGCAUCUCUCGCACAAAGCCUCCUGCCACCAUCGCCUCGCAAGAUACGCCCAGUAAAUACAAUAAAGAAAACUACCCCCGUCAAGAAACGUGGGCGCCCGCCAGGAGCGCUUAACCGCAAAAACAGACAGGACCCAUACUCAACCCUCACACAGUCAAAUUUUGUGCCAAGCAAAGCUGAAGCUUUUGCAAGAUCCAGGGAGAAUGGAGCAGAAUCCGAUGGGUACUCGUCAGAUACCUUGGAUCCAGACUUCCUUUCUGCUCUCCCUGAAGAUGUCCGUCAGGAGAUUAUAAACGAACACAAACGAAAACGGCUUGCAAAGAAAGGUGGUCUCAUGACUUCUACUGCUGGCAAGAAACGACGUCCUCCUGAAGCACCUCAACUCGGCCAACGGAAACUUCGUCUUCCUCCAAGGGAGCCAAGGCCUACUUUCACAACGCGAGAAUUGAGCAGCGUGCCUCAGUUGAGAGUCACGCUUACUGCGUGGCAUAAAGAAUUUGCAGAAGACGGGCCGCAUCCAGACGACGUUGCAGCCAUGGAAAGAUACUUGAGAAGAGUUGUACUCGACGAACGAGAUAUGAGCAAGGUUGUCAGUCUAGUCAGGUGGCUUAGCUGGCUCAUUGAAGAAUCUGAUGAUGAUAACAAAGGCACGAGAGCAUGGACAACGGCGUUAGAGGGCAUUAAGGAGAAAGUGCAAGCAGCAGUGGAGGAACGCGGGCUUGGCAUGCUAGACUUGUAA